AUGGCUCCUCUCAAGAGUCUGCUUCGACCCUGGCAAAAGGACGACAAAUAUGACGAGAGACGGAGAGCCCCAUCCUCCUACAAUCCCCUCUAUUCCUUCCGACUAUCUCGAGGAGACACCAAGCAAUACCACCAGCAAUUUGGCGACAUGUACUUUCUGCGCCUGGCCAAGCUGAAGCCUGUGGUGGAGAAGAUCGCUGAAGGAGACUGGGCCGACUUUGAGAUCGCGGGCGAGAAAGCACAGAGAGUGGACAGAGUGCUGGACGUCCGUCAAGGCCAAUUGUGCUGGGUGGUCGGGACAAUCUACAUCGACAUGCCUCUGAAACCAAAUAUUCUCGAGGAUAUCUCAAAAGAGCACUGGGUCGCAGGCGCGCCCCCACGAAAGUCGUACUUUACGGCGGAAGGAGAAACGCAGGUCAUGCUGGAGGAUGAAUCUGGUCGGCUUCGGCUCGCGGGGGCAACGCUGAAAAGCAACCUGCUGGUCACCGGCGUCAUUGUCGCUGUGCUGGGCACCGAAACCGCAAAUGGAGACUUUGAUGUGCUGGAUCUACACAUCCCCGACCUACCACGACAGCCGAGGAGGUGGGAACGGGAGGAUGAGGACGACACAAAAAUGGAGGUCGAUCACCAGCGAAAGAAGAUCGCUCUUAUUAGCGGGCUUGACUUCUCAGAGACCGAGGCUGACACAUUGAAUAUCUCACUUCUCUCUGAGUUCUUGCUCGCAGAAGCCUUGGACGAAGACGAUCGGGAAGCGGCCAGCAAGAUCUCUCGCCUCAUAAUCGCGGGCAAUUCUAUCGCCUCCGAUCUACUGCCAGGGCAUCAAACGUCGAUCGAAGACGGCAAGAAACCUGGCAAUCGCAAAUACGGCUACGACGCGGCUGUGUACAAUCCGACGCCAACGGCACAUCUCGACCAGUUCCUCGCCGAACUCCUCCCCAGCAUACCAAUCACAAUAAUGGCAGGCGAGCAAGACCCUGCAAAUGCAAGCUUACCACAACAACCUAUCCAUCCAGCCAUGCUGCCGCACUCUCGCGCUUACGCUACUGGUAACCUCGCUGAUCCAGAAGAAGAGGAGCCAGGAUGGCUCGAUAGUGUGACGAACCCUUGGGAUGGUGACGUGGACGGAUGGCGAUUCAUGGGCAACAGCGGUCAACCUGUGGACGACAUCCUCAAAUACAUCGACUUUGGAGGCCCGGACGGAAAAGGCGCAGACGGGAGAUUGGAAGUCAUGGCUAGCAUGUUGCGUUGGCGAUGUGGUGCCCCAACCGCUCCAGAUACACUAUGGUGCUAUCCGUUCCAGGAUCGCGAUCAAUUCGUCAUUGAAGAGUGUCCGCAUGUCUUCUUUGUGGGGAACCAGCCGAGAUUUGACACCACGGUGAUCGAUGGUCCUGAUGGACAGCAAGUCCGACUGAUUGCGGUUCCGCGGUUUCACGAGACUGGCGAGCUUGUCUUGGUCGAUGCAGAGACGUUGGAAGUUGAGGUGGUUAGGUUUGAGAUUCAUGACCCGGCUUAG